UCCCACUACUCUCAAUCAUUUCAAAAGCCCCAUUUAAUCUCUCCAUAUUAUCCCACAAACUCCCUCUCAUCUUUCUUUUCAUGUUUCCCCUUCCCAAAAUAAAUACCCUUCACCACCAGUACUAGUGACACAACUAGUUAGCUAAUUCCAAAGCAAAGUGUCAUCACAAUUACACAUACAUAAAACAUCACCACAUUUUUACUUUGUGAGAGAGUUUGAUCAUCCUCAUAAUCAUCAUAAAAAAAAAAUUUUAAAAAGAAAAAAAAAAAAAUGUCUGUGGCAGGAAUUUCUACAGCUGAUCACACAGAUAAACUACACAAGAAAUCGUUCCACCGGAGGAACGACUCCGGCGAGCUCGACGUGUUUGAGGCUGCAAGGUACUUCUCUGGAUAUAAUGAAGCUUUAGGCUACAAUGGCUCAUCAUUUACUCAGAAGAUGAUCAUGAAAGAUCAGGAUCAUCAUAGAGGCUGGAGAGGAGGAAGAAUUAGCCUUGACAUGCCAAUGAGAAAUGUUCUUAAUAACCCUCAUCAUAUUCAUCAUCAUCAUCAUCAUCAAACGGUGAUGGAUAAGCAGAUCAAGGACAAGAAAUACAAGCAGCCAAGCUCUCCAGGAGGGAGGCUAGCCAGUUUCUUGAACUCCCUCUUCAACCAAUCCGCAUCAAAGAAGAAGAAGUCAAAGUCAACAACUCAGUCAAUGAAAGAUGACCAAGAGGAAAUCAGCCCUGGUGGUGGGAGAAGGAAGAGGAGGAGCAGCAUAAGCCAUUUUCGAAGCUCGAGUACUACCGAUUCGAAGUCGAUUUAUUCGUCUUCUAGUUCGGGAUUCCGAACACCACCUCCUUAUAUCAAUGCCCAAACCCCCACAAAGAGCUACAAGGAUCUCAGGAGCUUCUCUGAUCACAAGCAAGUUGUGUCCUUGUCCUUGUCAAAGGCGCAAAACAAUAUUAACAUGAAAUCUUCAGCUGAUAAUAAUUCUCUACACAAUAGUGAUCAUCAUGAUCAUCAUCCUCAGAGACCAGACUUGUCUUGGUUGGAUGAUCAUGUAGAGAAGAUCAAGUACUGCAAGGAUCAGAACAAGAAUAAUGGAUCAGCGUCGGAGAAGUAUCCAUCAGAGAAGAAAGGAUUAAUGAUCAGGAGAUUUGAUCAUGAGGAAUUUGAAGAUGAUGGUGCAGAUAGUGAUUCAAGCUCUGAUCUGUUUGAGUUGCAGAACUAUGAUUUAGGUUGCUACUCAAGUGGGCUACCAGUGUAUGAAACAACCAACAUGGAUAACAUCAAGAGAUCAGGACCACCAAUCUCCAAUGCUUAG